UGAAUGAAGGAUGUUGAUGAUACGGCGUGAUAUUGCAAUGAAAGGGAGGCAAUUGAUCUCUGGGAUUGCAUUCUGGUUGAUUGAUCUGUCAUUAUCGUUGCAUUAAUCAAGGACACGGCGGUGCAGCAACACACAAAGAUGUUUUGGGCACGGAGACUCAUGACAUUAUGCAUUUUGCGGCAAGUGUCGUCAUGGAGUCAUGAGCCGGCCCCUAAUGACGCACCUCAACCUGCAAGAAUAGCUGUGAUUGGAGGAGGCAUUGGAGGAACGGCAACUGCCUAUUUCCUGCAACAGCAUUUCGGAGAUGACCUCGUCCUAGAUUUGUACGAACAUCAGGCAGUCGGCGGGCGUCUGGCUGUCCUUGACAUAGCUGGACACACCUAUGAGGUCGGGGGCAGUGUCAUUCAUCCGGACAACAGAUACAUGGUGGAGUUUGCUGAGAAAUUUGGCCUUCCUAAAAAAGAACAUUGCUCUGACAGUCUGUUUGGACUCUUCAACGGUGAGAAAUAUGUUUUCCGAGAAAGCUCCUGGUCCCUCAUGAAUAUUGCAAAAUUGAUGUGGAGGUACGGGACUGACUUGAUCAGACUUCGAAGUGAGCUUAAGGAGAUACUGAGGAAGUUUAGUAGGAUCUACCAUCUCCAGGCUGAAGGCCAAGCAUUUUCCAAUGUAAGAGCUUUACUUCAUGCUCUAGACCCAAGUUUCGUUGAGAUGACACAUGUUUCAGUGCGUAAUUGGCUCAAAAAGUUAGGCUGCCAAGACCUCAUUAUAGAUGAGUUAGUGACAGCAGUAACAAAUUGCAACUAUGGACAGACUGCAGACGUACAUGCCUUUGUUGGAGCAAUAGCUGUAGCUGGAGCAGAUCCUAAUCUUUGGGCUGUAACUGGAGGUAACAAGCGUGUGCCAGAGGAACUUCUGAAGCACUCUCGUGCCACACUACUCAGGCGUAAAGUUGAGGAAAUUGGGCUGAAUGAAGGAGGUGGUUUCAUAGUAACUUCAAUGGAAGCAGAAACAUCAGAAGAUGGUGAAAGACACUCAUUGAACAACAAUGUAGAUAACACAGAAAAGGAUCUUCGCCCUCAAAUCUAUGACCUUGUUGUGGUUGCUGCACCUUUGACAAAGGACAAAAGCAGUAUUAAGUUUGUUAAUUUUACAAAGGAAUUCACAUUUCCAGGCUAUUAUCAAAAGAUAUUUUGUACAAUGGUUCAGGGUAAAUUGCGUCCAGAAAGUGUAAAACUAGCAGAAGGAGAUACUAUUGAUGAAAUUUUGGUAACAAAUACAUCGCUUAUUUUCAACUCAAUAGGCAAGCAGUCUCCAACUGAAGCAAACUGCUCAGAGCAGUAUCCAGAUGUCUGGAAAAUCUUUUCAGGGAGUUCUCUUGGUGAAGAACGUCUCAACACCUUUUUUGAGGAGAGGGAAUCACUCCAUCAGGUUGAGUGGCUGGCAUACCCUCAUUACAAAUCGGACCAACAGCUCGGUGACUUUGAGUUGCAUCCUGGCCUCUACCAUUUAAAUGCUAUGGAGUGGGCAGGAAGUGCUAUGGAAAUGAGCAGCAUUGGUGCGAAAAAUGUGGCAUUGCUAGCGCUCAAACACUGGCUGGAAGAUCCAGCAGCGGGAAAAAUGGAGGUACAGAAGGAUGAACUGUAAUUAAAGUAGUCAAGAGAGAAAUAGAAUUAAGAGUUGAUAAAGAGAGUGUAGGGUUAAUCCAAAUUUAUUUAUGGCUGUGAUAGUAGUGCCUGGUGUUUAUAAGGAAAUUAAGUUAUUAUAUAUGCUUUAUUUCUUUUUUAGAGGAUUUCUUGUUGCAGUUGUAAUGAAUGAAACGUUGCAUUCCAAGGUUUCUAAUGUUUGAAAAUAAAACUGUAAUAAUUUAGAUAUGCAAGUUUCAGGUCACCAAAAAAAAAAAAGUAUUCUUUUUGUUGAUUCCCGUAAGACCUUUAAUGUUUUCAGCUACAUCAUGUAAAAAGCAAUAAAGCUGAAGUACCAGGUCCCUAAA